UGCUGAAAGAGAGUCAUGGCCAACACAUUCAUGGGAAGAAGGGAGAAGGCACGAAGCAUGGCUACUACCAAUCCCUUUCUCUCUCUUGGAGUUCUCUUUUCCACUCUUCUAAUUCUGUCUCUCCUGUUCUGUUCUGAGAAUGCUAGUGCCUAUGAAGGAGGAGUUAGAGGAGAGACUAUGGAAAGUGAUCCUCAUCAACAACAUAGUCAUGUGAUCAAGAUCAGUGAUCUCCUUCCUGCACCAGUUUGCUCUACUUCUACCUCUACUUCCACUCAUGAAGGUAACAAUAAUGCCCAGACAAUGCUGAAAGUAGUUCACAAGCAUGGCCCAUGUUCCAAACAUAGCUCCAAACAGAAGGCAAAACUUCCUACUCCUACUCAGAUCCUCCUCGAAGACCAAUCGCGAGUCGAGAUGAUCCAAUCUCGAUUCGCCAAUCAGGUACAUGGCUCGAAGGCUACAACCCCGACACAUUCGGGACGCUCAUUGGGCACCGGCAACUACAUUGUGACAGUGGGGAUUGGGUCUCCGAAAAGAGAUUUCUCACUCAUAUUUGAUACCGGCAGUGACCUAACUUGGAUUCAAUGUGAACCAUGUGUAGCUCAUUGCUAUAAACAACAAGAACCAAUAUUCAACCCUAGUAAGUCAUCUUCUUAUUCAAACAUCACUUGUAACGCCAAGGAGUGUUCUUCACUCAAAUCUGCCACUGGCAAUUCCCCUGGUUGCACCUCUUCUACUUGCGUAUAUGGCAUUCAAUAUGGUGAUCAAUCAUACUCUGUUGGGUACUUUGGACGUGAAACCUUAACACUCACAUCCUCUGAUGUGUUCAAUAAAUUCAUGUUUGGAUGUGGCCAAAGGAAUGAUGGGCUGUUUGGUUACACGGCCGGGCUUCUUGGGCUGGGCCGGAACAAGAUAUCCUUGAUAUCCCAAACAUACCAAAAAUAUGGUGGGCUUUUCUCUUAUUGUCUUCCAUCCACAUCUAGCUCAACUGGGUACCUAGCAUUUGGAUAUCAAGGGAAGAUUUCCUCUAAUGUAAAAUUCACACCUUUGUUAGUGAACACUGCUGAUCCCUCAUUCUACUUCCUAGACUUAAUAGCAAUUAGUGUUGGGGGAAAGAAAUUGCCCAUCUCUGCAUCAGUAUUUGCAACUUCAGGCACCAUUAUAGAUUCCGGCACCGUCAUAACCCGCUUGCCUCCAACUGCUUAUUCCACCCUCCGUUCAUCCUUCCGGAAAUUAAUGUCGAGCUACCCCAUGGUCAGUCCUAUUUCAAUACUCGAUACAUGCUACAAUUUUACGGGGUAUAAAACGGUGAAAAUACCAAAAAUAGCCUUGUAUUUCCGGGGAGGAAUUCCGAUGGACAUCGACAGCUCUGGAGUAUUUUUUGUUAGGAAUAUAGCCCAAGUCUGCUUGGCUUUUGCUGGAAAUAGUGAUGCUGGGGAUAUAGCCAUACUUGGGAAUAAACAACAACAAAGGCUGGAUGUGAUCUAUGAUGUAGCCAAAAAAAGGAUUGGAUUUGGCCUAGGAGGUUGUAGCUGAACUUUUAUAGCUACAAGUGGAACAGAUUGUAAAAUUCUAUCAAUCCAAAGUAGGAGAGAGUUUUUAUAAAUAGCAUGGAGAGAUAUAAAUGUUGCCUUCUUUUGUCCUGUUUAUUUAGUCAAUCCAAACUAUAAGAGAUUUCAUAAUAAAGUGUGUAGAAGUAGAUGUUAACCUCUUUUGUUAUUUUA